UUAUUUUUAGAAAUAUUGAAUUCCUGCAUCUUUGCACCUCAUUUCCAACUGGCUGAAGUCACUAAUUUUCACGUGGUGGUAUUUUUUCUUUGAUGUUCUUUCUUUUUGAGCCACUAAGAUCCUAUUUUUAUUCCUCAAUUUCCUGACUAAAUACAAAUUGCAAAAUUUUAACGUUCUUCCUCUUCCAAAACAAAUUUUUUAACUAAAGAUCCAAAAAUGGCUACUGAAGAUGAUGCCAUGAUCACCUCCCAAACCACCGACGACGAUUCAACCACCGAUGACGGCCCAAUCGCCGCCGCCGCCGCUGACAACACCACUGCGAUGCAGCCCACAACCACCAAUAAUACAAGGCCACACAUUUCUUGGUGCGAUUCCUAUUCAAAGGCCCAAUCAGCCAUAGAUUCCCUAAAAUCAAUCAUUCCUCACAUUCCCGCUUCUCUCCUGUCUUCCGAAACCCCCGCAUUCGCCCUCCUCCACGAUCCGGAGAUUGCCAUUCAAUGCUCCCAUCUCCUCCGCCAACCCGAUUCCGGCGGCGGAGACAACAACCUCUGCCGCUGGUUCUACGACACCUUCCAAACAUCCGUACCCGAUCUCCAACUAGUUGUCCUCCGAUUCUUACCCGUCCUCGCCGGCGUCUACCUCUCACGCGCCUCCCUCCACAAACCUCUGGCCGGAUUCGAAGCCGUCUUGUUAGCCCUCUACGCCCACGAAACCACCGCCAGAGACGGCCAGGCGGUAACCGUAUGCAUCCCGGAUAUUUCCCACUCCAGCAUUUACCACGAAUCGACACAGACGUUGAAGAACAGCGCCACCGAGCUAAACAUGGCGGUGAUUACUCCGAGCCUGGAACCCCACGGCCGGGUCAGAUCGACCCGAAGAGCCCGGAUCGUGGGAGUGGCUCUGGAGCUUUAUUACAGCAAGAUUUCGGAAAUGCCCGUGGAUUCCAAGAUUGAAUUUUGCGAGUUUUUCGGAACAUGGGCUGGUGAGUUUGGUAAUAAUUAUGAUCAACCCGGAAUUGAUAAUCUUCGAGAUGGUCAAAAUAAGAAUGGAAAUAGCAGGGGAGGGAGGAUCAAUCUGUCAUGGGAGUUGUUACAACCGAUUUUGAGAAUUCUGGGGCAUUGUUUGAUGGGUCCUGAACAAGUUGAAAACAAGGAAUUACGCGAAGCUGCAUCCAAUGCUUGCAGGGCUCUGUAUUUGAGGUCCUUGCAUGACAUAAAUUCCAGAUCUAUUUUAGCAACUGGUAGCCUGGUAAAAAUGAGUGAGGAAUUGACUGAUAGUUUUGAUCACACUGAGAUUGCUCAAACUAAUGUUAUUAGCCUUUAAAGUAUUUAUUAUGUAGACUUUUGAGCUACUUAUUAAUCUCUUGUAUAGAUGUAAUAGGUAUAGAUAAUGAAAUCAAUUCAAUUGUUAGUUCUUAUAAAAUAAAUCAGUGAGUCAGAAAAGUAUAUUUAUGUUCAUCUCCAGUUUGUAUUUGUACAAAUUCAAUACAAGUAAAUGCAUGCAGUGAUGGAUGGAGCCAGGGGUAGAAGCCACCAAGGUUAUGCCACCUCCAUUUUGAUUAAUUUACUAAAGAUAUAUAUAAGUAACAUGUAACUCUCUUUUCCCUCAAUUUUAAAAUAAUUGUCCGGUUUG